GCAGCACCUUGUUUUGGCUCGAACCAAGGAACCGUCAACCUUGGUCUAAUUCCCAAUUUUUCAUUUCAAGGAAAAGUUCAUUUUCACUUUUGCUUACUCAAUCAAUACAGGACCUGAACCCUAUAAACAAUAAAUAGAUCCCCUCAGUCCACACACACACAAACCGCCGCCACCGCUGCCGCCGCCGCCGAUAUGAAGCUCCCCGCCGUCAACAACCAUCACCACCUCACCACCCCCUUCUUCCACUAUGCCACCAAUCUCUCCGUUUCCCGCUCGGCUCGCGUCUCCAACGCCCCAUUCUCCGUCCGGAUGUCCCUUAGGGAGGACGGCCCCUCCGUCGCCGUCGUCGGCGUCACAGGAGCUGUUGGCCAGGAGUUCCUCUCCGUCCUCUCCGACCGUGACUUUCCCUACCGAUCUCUCAAGCUGCUCGCCUCCAAACGCUCGGCCGGGAAAAAGGUCACGUACGAAAAUCGAGAGUACACCGUGGAGGAAUUGACGGAGAACAGCUUCCGUGACGUAGACAUCGCCCUUUUUAGCGCCGGCGGGAGUAUAAGCAAGAAGUUCGGGCCUCUAGCCGUCGACCAGGGAGCCAUCGUCGUGGAUAAUAGCUCGGCAUUCAGGAUGGACCAAGGGGUCCCCCUCGUGAUACCGGAAGUGAAUCCUGAGGCCAUGGAGGGUAUUAAGCUCAGGAGUGGGAAAGGGGCUCUCAUUGCAAAUCCCAACUGCUCGACUAUCAUAUGCCUCAUGGCCGCCACCCCUUUGCACCGUCGUGCCAGAGUAUCCCGUAUGGUGGUUAGUACGUACCAGGCAGCAAGUGGUGCUGGUGCUGCAGCUAUGGAAGAACUUGAACUGCAGACUCGUGAGGUGCUGGAAGGAAAACCGCCUACUUGUAACAUUUUUAAGCAACAGUAUGCGUUUAACUUGUUCUCACAUAAUGCGCCUGUCCUUUCAAACGGAUACAAUGAGGAGGAGAUGAAAUUAGUUAAAGAGACAAGAAAGAUAUGGAAUAAUGAUACUGUCAAGGUAACUGCCACCUGUAUAAGAGUACCUGUCAUGCGUGCUCAUGCUGAGAGUGUCAAUCUUCAAUUCCAGACACCUUUAGAUGAGGACACAGCAAGAGAGAUUCUCAGAAAUGCCCCUGGAGUAGUUGUUAUUGAUGAUCGUGAGGCCAACUACUUCCCUACCCCAUUGGAAGUUUCAAAUAAAGAUGACGUGGCAGUUGGUAGAAUACGUCAAGAUGUAUCCCAGGAAGGGAAUUAUGGGUUGGACAUUUUUGUAUGUGGCGAUCAAAUACGUAAAGGUGCUGCUCUUAACGCCGUCCAGAUAGCUGAGAUGUUGCUAUAAGUUCCAAACGUUUAUGAAUUAUUAAUGGUGAGAUGCAGAUCUCAAUUUUUGGUGUUGUAUUUUUCCUCAAAUGGGGAAGCAUUGCACUAUAGAGAAACAAAUCUCCAGGGCUUUUUGUAGUUUUGCUUCUUUUUAUGUAUUUCUUCUAAAAUAGAGAUUUUUAUACAUGGGCUUGAAUAGGUUUGUGCUCUGUUGUUUUGUAUUGGGAUGUUCUCAAAUAAAUGUUUCAUCUUUGUUUGGCUGCUUGCUUUUAGAGAAUUUUGCAACUGCAGGAUAUACUUGAACAUUUAUUGUCUCUAGCAAUUCGGACUCCCUUGUCUUUGAGAAUAUGUUGGUGUAUGUUUAACAACUUUGGUAUACAAGAGGUGUUGUCGUCCUGACCUUUUCCGGUCAAUGAUGAAAAGAGGAAAUGAGUCUCUCUCCAAAUAUUUAAAGUUUAUAUAUCGUUGAGAAAUUGACAUAAUUAAAUAAGAGGAAAAUAUAGUUAUAUUGAAUAAAAAAAAGUUUGCAUUUAUAUUCUGCAUUAUAAUAUAAAAUUCU